CGACGAGAGACCAGAGCGACAUCAGCGAUGGAGCGACACAGGGUGGAGCCAGGGAAAGUGGCUCAGCUGGUGGAGCCAGAGGAGCUGGUGGAGCCUGCAGAACCAGUGAUGCCUCUGGAGCUGGUAGAGCAGGUUGAACCGGUGGAGUCCGUCGAACUGACUCUAGCUGGCGACUCUGAAUCAAGAGUUUCCCAGGCCGCCGUCCCCAAACCAGAUCCUGUGGAUGAAACCAUCCACCUGCGUCCACAGGGCCUGGGGCUCUGGGCUGAGGGAUGUCGCGGGUGGUCUCUCGCUGGCGACUCUGAACACGUGCAGAGACGACGAGAGUCCAGAGCGACAGCAGCGAUGGAGCUACACAGGGUGGAGCCAGGGAAAGUGGCUCAGCUGGUGGAGCCAGAGGAGCUGGUGGAGCCUGCAGAACCAGUGAUGCCUCUGGAGCUGGUAGAGCAGGUUGAACCGGUGGAGUCCGUCGAACUGACUCUAGCUGGCGACUCUGAAUCAAGAGUUUCCCAGGCCGCCGUCCCCAAACCAGAUCCUGUGGAUGAAACCAUCCACCUGCGUCCACAGGGCCUGGGGCUCUGGGCUGAGGGAUGUCGUGGGUGGUCUCUCGCUGGCGACUCUGAACACGUGCAGAGACGACGAGAGGCCAGAGCGACAGCAGCGAUGGAGCGACACAGGGUGGAGCCAGGGAAAGUGGCUCAGCUGGUGGAGCCAGAGGAGCUGGUGGAGCCUGCAGAACCAGUGAUGCCUCUGGAGCUGGUAGAGCAGGUUGAACCGGUGGAGUCCGUCGAACUGACUCUAGCUGGCGACUCUGAAUCAAGAGUUUCCCAGGCCGCCGUCCCCAAACCAGAUCCUGUGGAUGAAACCAUCCACCUGCGUCCACAGGGCCUGGGGCUCUGGGCUGAGGGAUGUCGUGGGUGGUCUCUCGCUGGCGACUCUGAACAUGUGCAGAGACCACGAGCGUCCAGAGCGACAGCAGCGAUGGAGCGACACAGGAACCAGUGGUGCCACUGGAGCUGGUAG